AUGGCAGGCGUUCUACUUCGAAGUCUUCAUAAUCUGGAAACUUCAGCAGACGAACCUACUGCUAAAUGGACUGUUCCUUUAAGCGACGGAAAUCACGUGGUUGAGUUUGAACAUGGGACGGCAACUGGCCGACGAGUGGUAAAAGUCGAUGGUAAUAAUGUAGUUCACAGAGAUUGGAUGUUUCGUCUAGUCGGUGAUGAAAUCUUUAUGUUCAAUAAUACUAAAUUUGUGAUCAGAGUCGAUCCAAUGCCAGGUCUGAAGUAUUCUUAUUCGUUGUGGGUGAACGGAAAGAGCUACAAGCAAUUUGUCCAGUCGCAAUCAAAAAUACUAGAAACUUGGUUGGCCAAAAUUGGAAAUGAAGAAUAUAGAGUCGUGUUAGAUAAACACGCUCAUAGCGUUUGGGUAAAUGGACAAGAAGUGGAAGUUGAGAAUGAAUUUAUGGACGGCGGCGCAGAAAUUCUUUUCUCCGUUGGCGAUUUACCGGCCGCUAUUAGAUCUUACAGUUCAGAACAAAAAGAAAUCGGUAUAGCGUACGUUUUAUACAUCAAUGACGUUGAAAUACAGCAAGAAGCUUUAUUAGAAGAAUCCUAG